AUGAGCGUCGCCCAGGGCUCGACGCCGUCGGCGCGGCCCCGUACCCUCCAGGACAGUCGCCUGGCUGGCCUGGACAACCUCCUGGACAGUCGCCGGGCUCCACGCCCGGACAACCGCCUCGAGAACCGACGGGGAAACCACCUGGACAAGUACUUACCCAGCGCGGACAGCCGCCAGGACAACCAACGGGCGAACCGGCCGCAGGACAACCGCUCCGAAAUUCGCCAGGAAAGCCAUCCAGGCAACCGUGAGGACAAAAGCCGGGAAAAACGCCAAGAUUAUCGACUGGAAAAUCGAAAGGAUAAUCGCCUUGAAAACGGCCCAGAUAAUCGCCUGGAAAACCGCCAGGAAAAUCGACAGGAGAACCACCAGGGCAAUCGCCUAGAAAACCACCAGGAUACUCGGCUGGUUAGUCACCCGGAGAGCCAUCGGGAUGACCGUCAGGAACACAGCCAUAAAAACCGCCAAGACAAUCUCUCCGACGACCUUCAUCGAAAUCGCCCAGACAACCGUCCGGAAAAUCUCAGGGUCAACCGGCAGGAAAACCCUCCGGUGGACGUCCAGGAAAAUCGCGCUGCAAAUCGUCCAGACAACGAUCGCGUCAACCGCCAGGACAACCGUCAAGAAAACAACAUCUCGAGCAACAACCGAAUCAAUCGCCAAGAAGUUCGCCCGGACAAUCACCAGGAUGUCCGCCGGGAUGAUGGCCAAGAUGUCCGCCAGGACAACCGCCACGAAAACCGUCCCGAAACCCGUCCCGAUGUUCGCCAAGAAACCCGCCAGCACAUCCGCCAGGAGAGCCGACAAGAAAACCGCUUGGAAAAGAUUCAAGAAGACAGCCAGGACAACAGCCUCGACAGCCCCCAGGACGCGCGCAAGAAGAGGACUCCGGACGACCGGCGGGCCGCCCCGAAGGGCCUCGACCAGGCCAGUCCGCUGGGGAGCCACCUCGGCAGCACCGAGGAACUGGUCACCGUCAGCACGCGGAGGGCCAGGCUCAGGCGGCUGCUGCGCCGCCCGGACAGCAAGCGCCUCCUGGUGGCGGCCGGCGCGCUGGCCGUGCUCGUCCUGCUGCUGGUCAUCGCCCUCGUCGUCGUCUCCACCGUGUAUUACGCCAAGUACAGAAUGUGGAGCAGCGAAGAGUGCCGCAGCGACCAGUGCAUACAGUCAGCCGCCAUGCUGCUGCAGGGCAUCGACCACUCCGUGGACCCCUGCCAGGACUUCUACCGCUACACGUGCGGCCGCUGGCCCCAGGCGCACCCCGUCCAGGACGCGCACAUCUACAACUCGUGGUUCCUGGAGCGGCAGGACGCGCAGCAGCGCAGGGUGAUCGACGUGCUGCAGCUUAACGUGACGGACAAGGACCCCAAGCCGGUCGUCAUGAUGCACAACUUCUACAAGUCGUGCACGGACACAGACCAGCUGGAGCAGCUGGGGCUGGACCCGAUGCUGGACCUGCUGGCCAACCUGUCGCUGCCGCGCGGCAUGCCCACCAGGGCCACCGCAGAGGGGUGGCCCCUCGCCAAGACGCUGGCCGCCGCGCAGCGCUUCCUCAGCAAGGACAUCCUGGUGGAGAUCGGCCUGGAGAAGGACGACGCCAAGCCGGACAACGACACGUACAUCAUCCACCUGCUGCCGCCGCAGAACAACAACCCGCUGCCGGAGGUGCCCGGCCUGGUCGGCCUGGUCGGCCUGGUCCCGGAGGACCCGGAGCACCCCCCUGGCGCGGGGCCGACCGCCAUCCCCGCGGGGCUGUCCUCCAAGGAGCUGGUGGUGCUGCGGAUCUCGUACAUGGCCAGGAUCAUGGCCAUCGUGGACGCCGCGGCCCACGAGGACUCCCCGGACUACGAGACCAACACGACCGAGGUGUCGGCGGCGGCGCUCCGCCUGCUGCUGGUGGACUCGCAGCUCAACUCGGCCACGUCGCAGAGCAAGGACCCCGCCGGCGAGAAGCCCCUGCGCACCACAUUUCGGCAGCUCACGGAGAUGAUGGUCAACGCCACCAUGCAGCCCGCCGCCACGACCCCGGCCGACGUGGAGUUGCUGUCGCCCUCACCCCCCGCCGCCACCACCUCCGCUCCAGCUGCAACGACCGCAGCCCCCGUCGUGACGACUGCAGCCCCCGUCGAGACGACCCCGGCCCCCGUCGUGACAACUAUCGACUUCGCUCAAUACCUGGAGGUGCUGCUGGAGGGCCUGAACGCCACCAUCGACGUGGACAACGACCCCAUUCUGGUGUCGGACCCGUCCUACUUCAAGAUGCUCGCCGUGGUGCUGUCCCAGUCCAAGCCCGAGACCAUUCAGCGGCUGGUGUGGUGGAAGGUGGUGGAGACGGUGUCCCCGCACACGGCCCAGGUCUUCCGCGACAUGAAGCACACGCUGUUGUCCACCGUCUACAAGGGCCUGCAGCCCACCUCCAGGACCAAGUUCUGCGUGCGGGCUGUCAAGACCUUCAUGCACAUGGCCGUGAGCUACCAGAUGGCCGUGGCGAACCCGCUCAAGGACACCGCCAACAGGGUGCGGGAGAUGCUGUCCGACAUCACGGCCGGCUUCAGCGAGCUGGUGCACGCGGUGCGCUGGAUGGACGGCGCCACCAAGGCCGCCACGCUGGACAAGGCGGCCGCCAUCAAGGCCUUCAUCGGCUACCCCGACUGGCUGCUGGAGGACGGCGAGCUGGAGCGCUUCUACGAGGGCGUCACCAUGGACGCCGGCCAGUUCCUGUGGAACAUGCUCAACAUGAAGGCCAGGGAGGUGAAGGGGCUGCUGGGCGCCAUCGCGCCCAAGGACGAGAAGGAGGGCAAGGGCAAGGCCAAGGACCGCUGGGCCACGGACCCGAUCGAGGUCAACGCCUUCUACAGCAGGGCCAUCAAUUCGAUUGCUAUCCCUGCUGGGAUUCUGCAGGUGCCGUUUUACUAUCUCGGCCUGGAAGCGUUGAACUACGGCGCUAUCGGAGCCAUCCUCGGACACGAGUUGACGCACGGCUUCGACAUCGAAGGCAAGGAGUACGACAAGAAGGGCCUCCGGAACUCGUGGUGGCGGCCUGAAGUCACCAAGGAUUACAACGACCGCGCGCAGUGCUUCGUCCGGCAGUACGACAAGUACAACGUGUCGUCGGCGCAGAGGGUCAACGGUUCCUUCACGCUGGCCGAGAACAUCGCGGACAACGGCGGCAUCCGGGAGGCGUUCCUGGGGUACCGCCGCUACACGCGGCGCCACGGCGCGGAGCCCGCGCUGCCGGGGCUCAACAAGUACACCCACGAGCAGCUCUUCUUCCUGUCCUUCGCCAACGUGUGGUGCCACAACUCGGACGUGCAGUUCGACGUGAUGCAGCUGCGGGACUCGCACAGCCCGGCGCGCUUCAGGGUCAUCGGCGCCCUCUCCAACUUCCCCGCGUUCGCGGAGACGUGGCACUGCCCCGCGGCCAGCCCCAUGAACCCCGACAGCAAGUGCAUCAUCUGGUAGGCGGGCGGGUGUGCGCUCCAGUGUUUG